AUACAUCUAUACUUCCAUCCGUCCAUACCUCAGAUCAGAUAUACCAAAACAACCAUACACACAAUGUCUGCCUCCGGUUACACCAUUCACGUCGCGGGCCUUGCUCCUGAAACCACUGAGGACAAGCUCCAUGAUUUCUUCUCUUUCUGUGGUAAACUCACAAGCGUCAAGAAGAGUGGAAGCGCUGCCGAUAUCACCUUUGAGAAGCUCAGCGCUAUGAGGACCAGCUUGAUGCUCAACGGCGGCACUCUUGAUGGCGCUCAUCUCGAGGUCACAUCUGUAUCAGACAUCGAGAAAACCCCAUCCAUCCUUCCCGCUUCUGCUACAGGUUCAACACCUAUCGGUGCCACUGAAGGCGACCUCGCCCAGGAGGACAAGCCCAAGGCGGCCAUCGUUGCCGAAUACCUCGCUCAUGGCUACGCUUUGGGCGACCACAUUGUCCAGAAGGCCAUCGACAUUGACCACAAGCAAGGUAUCUCCUCUCGUUUCCUCAGUUUCUUCAACAACCUCGACUCCACCGUCGGUAACAAGGUUGUCGGGGAAAACCAGACAGUCUCUGGCAAGAUCCAUGAGCAUGCCGCCGCUGCCGUUGCCAAGACUAGGGAAGUUGAUCAGUCUAGGGGCAUCAGCUCUAGGUUCCAAGAGUACUACAGCAAGGUCCUUGGAACACCUGUCGGCCAAAAGGUUCAUCAGUUCUACACUACAACACACAAGCAGGUCAUGGAUGUGCACGAGGAGGCCAAGAGAAUUGCCAUUCAGGAGGAGAAGAAGAAGUCGCAAUCCGCGACUGUGCCCGCCGACGAAGCUGGAUCUGCCCUCCCCAGCUCUGAUGUUAAGGCCGACAUUGCUUCAUCUACUACUCCUGCUGCCGCUGCUGCCUCUCGAAACCCCGCAGCCAGCGCCACCGUUAUCCCUCCCCCUCUCCUUUGAGAUCGGAAGUUAGCUUUUCAGGUUAUGUGUUGUCAAAUAUAGAACACCGGUUGUCAGAAAUGAAGUUGAGGCGAAUCGCAAUACCCUAGGAUAGAUGAUCUUGUAUGUCGCACCAGGCGCAAGCUUGGUGAAUAUCUCUUCUCGAGGUUUGAAAAUGCAUCCCAGAAAUAAUGGUAU